AUGUCUACAAAAAAGAAAAAUGAUAGUGAACUGUUUAAUUUUGCAAAAGAAGUCUUCUUAAAAAAUGAUUAUGAAACAUCUUACAAUUCUUUUAAGUCAGUUGCAAAUGGAUAUAAUAUUGAAUUAGCAAAUAAUGCGAAAUAUUUUAUGGCAAUUCAUCUGAUAAAUGGGUUAGGAGUUAAACAAAAUUCAAAUGAAGCUUGUAGACUCUUUAAAGAAGUUUUUACAAGUAAUUCAAAAUACAACGAAGCUGCUGGACUGGAGAUA